ACGUGCAUCAAAGAAUGCACAACCGUACCCGCCAUGCAUCUAUGUGACCAAGUGACGUAUGUUACGAGCCUGAAAGCGAGGGGCUUCAGGCUUUAUGUAAAAAAAAUGCAAGAACCAACAAAUACGGUACUAAUAAUAGGCAAAAUCCAUCAAGCAUAUUCAUGAAGAACUAUCUUUGGCUGAUGUAUUCGAAGCAUUUGAAAGAAAAGGUAACUGUUGACAGUGAAUCAAUUUACAAGCCGUGAGGAAUUUGAAAAGCUUCGUGUAUUCAACCAAGAAAAUAUUAAAAAGAUUGUUCAAGAAUGUGUUGCAUCCAUCAACAGCAACAUAAAUUGACAGAGAUGUCUUGCAAAGUCUGAUCAGCCAAGAAUACAGCAGACCUGCCAACUCACCCGAUCCUGUCGGGUGUCACCCGAUAUUUAAACAAAUCUCCAGUUCUCCCGAUCAAAUUUAAUUUUCACCCAAUUUCACAUCCCCCUCCCCAAAAAUACUCCGAUUUAUGCAUAAUUUGAUUGAUACCGUUAUUAUUCAAUGUAUUCGCCGCCUGCUCACUUUGCGGUGCAAUAAACAAGCAACCAUUUUCAAUUUGAAUGUCACCAUUAGCCAUGACUUGUAGUGACGUGACUUUUUUGGUAUCUUGCAUCAUUUUUUGGGUAAUUCUGAAACCUCCAGAUUUUUUGGUAAAUCUCCAGAUUUUUUUAAGAUUCUUAAAAAAAUCUCCAGAUUUUCAUGACCCAAGGGUUGGCAGGUCUGAUAAACGGUGCAUCAGAUGUUGCAGACUUGAUGUGCGUAAGUUGUAGCACUGUAUUUAGAAGGUUUCUGUGGUGUUCUUACUGUUGUCCUGUGUGACAAUACCGACGUUGAGGGCAGGAGUUGCCACAGGGAGAGAACCACGAGGAAAGAAUUAAAUUCUGUUCUAUGAGUUAUACUGUUGUAUUAUAUGGUCUUUAUUGCUAGUUUACAAGGACUCAACACCAUAUUUGGCGACGAGGAAAAUUAUUGAUUGUGUGUGCUAUUAUUCCUACAUUUACAAGUUCUAAAUUUUGCUACAAGUCAUUACAAUGACAAGCACACAAAUCGAGGCACCCGUGCAGUUUCUGCCUACGCCGGGAGACCCUGUCAUACCAUGGUUGCAGUGGAGGCGAUUAUUCGAGAAUUACCUACUCGCUUCGAAUACAGUGAAGGAAUCGCCGGAGCGUAGAAGAGCUAUACUUUUACACUCGCUAGGUCCGGAAGGCCAACGAAUUUUUUACACGUUACCAGAACUAGGAGAAGCAGGUGACGAUAUAUUUACAAAGGCAAUGACAACAUUGCAGAGUCAUUUUGCACCAAAGGUUAGUGUGGUGGCUGAGAGAUAUAGAUUUCGUCAGCGUGCACAGCUCCCGCACGAAUCAGUCGACAAUUACAUUGCAGCGCUCCGCGAACUGGCUUCACGAUGCGAAUUUGGUACGUUUGAGGACGAAAUGCUACGAGAUCAACUUGUAGAGAAGACUAAUAGUUCCAAAAUACGAACUCGAUUACUUACAGAAACCGAUGUCAAGCUGGACAAGGCCAUUAAACUAGCAAGGCAGUGUGAAACUGCGAUGAAAGAGGCGAAGUCUAUGAGCGGAGGUGAUACUCAUACAUGCUCUGAGGUGAAAUACAAAGCUAAGCCUAGAGGUGCUAAAGCUGAAUUUAAGAAGGAGAAACAGAGGCCCAGGCCAAAUAGCAAUGCCAAGUGUUAUCGCUGUGGUUCACCUCAACAUUUAGCAAAUUCGCCAGGAUGUACUGCAAGGUCAAAGGACUGCAACUCUUGUGGAAAAAAGGGACAUCUGUCUAGUGUUUGCCGUGGUAAAAGGAAAGUUGUUAAGCAGGUUGAACACGCUAGAGAUACCUUGGGUAAGGUUAAGGGGUUCAAACAUAAGGUUAAAGUUCGCCCAGAGGUUAAGCCAGUCCAACAAAAGCUGCGUAGACUGCCAUUGACUGUGCGUCAAGCCGUGUCCGCUGAAUUACAACGUCUUCUAGACGCAGGGAUUAUUAAACGCGCUGAAGCGCCAGAGUGGGUUUCACCAAUUGUAGUUGCAUGGAAAAAGACUGGUAAAAUCCGCAUAUGUGUUGAUUUAAGAAAACCCAAUGAAGCUGUUAUUGAGGACAAAUUUCCUCUUCCUUCAAUUGAAGAAAUGUUAAGCGAGAUGAAUGGCGCGACAUACUUUUCUAAGCUCGAUCUUAAAUCAGCUUAUUACCGACUGGAAUUAGAUUCCGACAGUCGCGACCUUACAUCAUUUAUUACGCAUGAUGGUGUUUUCCGAUUUCGUACAGUUUGUUUUGGUUUAUCUUCAGCCCCUUCAUGUUUCCAAAAAAUGAUGUCGACUGUAUUAGCAGGAAUUCCAAACGUACAAUGUUUUAUCGAUGAUAUUAUUAUUUACGGACGCGACAAAGCCGGGCAUUAUAAAACAUUAUUUUCAGUGCUUACCCGUUUGAAAGAACGUGGUAUGACGCUAAAUGACAAAUGUGAGUUCGGGGUAUUCAGUCGUGAAGGUUAUCCUGAAGAACUAGUUUCUGAUAAUGGUACGCAGUUAACUAGCCAGGAGUUUGAAACUUUUUUGCAAAAACGUAACAUCAAACACAGAUUUUCUGCGGUGUAUCACCCAGAAGGAAAUAGUACUGUUAACCGGAUUUUGAAUGAAACUAUUCAAACGGCGCGAAUCGAUAAACGUCCAGUAAAAAAUGCUGUGACGGAAUUUCUAGGUACUUAUCGCGCUACGCGACAUGCCACUACUGGGGAAUCCCCUUCUGUGGUACUACACGGGCGUCAUAUGUUGACUUUGUUAGAUAUCAUUGGAGUGACAACAUCGCCUAAGCAAAUGUCUUCAGUCGAAAUAGACAAUAGAACAAAAGCAAAGCAAGCAAAGUCUAAAGAGGCGUACGACAAACGGAAGUGCGUCAAAACUAGAGUUUUUUCCCCGGGAGAUAUUGUUAGAAUUAAAAAGCCCUGGAAUGUCCACAAGGGUGAGAGUAAAUUUACUGAACCGGUGGAAAUUAGACAACAUGUUGGUCUAAACACUUACGUAAUGACCAAUGGUCAAAAAUGGAAUGUGAAACACCUAGCCCCAUUUCUAGGAAAGCCAACCCUAUUAGGCCGACGGGGAGAUAGUCGUGAUGAUCACAGUAGUGACUUUAUAAUUUUUCCAACUGCUGAUGAUUCAAUGAACAACAAUUCAACUCAAUUAGGUUCACGUUUCUCAAGGAGUAAGAGAGUUAGAAAUCCACCUAGAUGGACUUGUGACUAUGUUAUGGGUACCAGUAAGAAAAAGAAGUGUUUAUUGUUAUAG